ACGGGGAAUAUCGAAAAUGAUCUUUGAAACUGGAGGCAGUUCAAGAUUUGGGUCCGUCAUGGCGGAUCACGUUAGGUUUAGUUCCGCUCAUCUGAUAAAAGAUGAGAGUGUAGUGAAUGGCAAUGGCUACCACGAUGACUACUCACGUGGCAACCCAAUGGGUUACCCAAAUUGUUACUACGGUCCACCUGGGAUCGCACCAAUGGAAAUCGAGGAUCCCUGGAAGCCCAUUGGGGCAGUAACCACAUCCAUCUCACCUCAUCAGAGCAUGUACCCAUCAUCAGACGCACCAUACCAUCAUCAUCCCAGUCCUCAAUAUCCAGGCUACACUAGAGAAAUGACUUGUCAGAGCCCCGAUUGUGGGCCUCGAUUCGGAGGCGAUCUGGACCACAAGAACCAUCUAUUCCCCGUCCCCGAAAAGCGAAAGUGUGGGAGCAACAAGAAAGAACGGCGAAGAACUCAAUCCAUCAACAACGCCUUCGCCAAUUUACGAGACUGCAUUCCCAAUGUUCCAUGUGACACGAAACUGUCCAAGAUCAAGACCCUGAGGUUGGCUACCUCAUAUAUUGACUAUUUAAUGACUUUACUGAACACCAACGAUCCAGCCAUGUUCAUCGAAGGCUUCAAGGCCGACAUUCACAAGAAGUGGAACGAGAAAUCGGAGGAGCAGAAACGAAAAGAGCUGGAGGCCGAAUUGACCAACAGUGGGACUGCUCAUCGAAUCCGAAGCAAACGAAGUGGGGCCCGAACAGGAUGGCCCCAACAUGUUUGGGCUUUGGAGCUCCAUUAACGCCCCCCGCAAAAAAACACCGGGAGGUCACCCACCGCCCUUUACAACUACGUUGCUAUUUUGGGGUCUUUGUGAAAAGUUUUUCCCCUUAUCGCUUUCCCGUCUCACGUUGCCAAGGAUUGACAAUUUUGUUUGUCGCUGUUUUUAAGUUUAUGAAAUAAACUAGCA